GUGGCCGUUCUUACCGCAUUUUCGGCAUGGCUGAUUGCGAAAUCUGCAGUCUGCCUGAUCGUGGUUCGUCCCACCGCAUCGGUAGCAGGGCUUCGUCUUCCGCGGACUCUGCUGUCUCGCUGCGUUGCCUCUUCCAGCUUUCCGGAUGACCUUUACCGAGGUGGGUAUAUCCUCCUCCAGGUUAUUGUUCAUCUUUGCUUGCUCCUGUCCCGUCUCAAACCUUCUGGCAAGCUGGAGUGUUUCAUCAAACGACUUCAGCUCUUGUGACAUAAGGUGUCUUCUCGUUGUAUCGCUGUGAACUCCCGCAACAAAUACAGCGCUCAGCAGAUCUUCCAGUAUGGCCCCCGGGAACUUACAUGUGUAGGUCCUGUUUCGCAGUUCAUUAGAGAACUGUACCAAUGACUGGCUGGACUGCUGGCGUGUUCUGAAGAAGGAUGCCCAUUCAGUUGUCUGAUAGGUCACCUUGAUAUAUAUGUCGUCCAGUUUCUUCAGCAGCUCAUCAUACGAAAAUUCGGUCGGAUCUUUCGGUCGGCAAGCGCUGACAACAUCCUGAAAGGCGCGCAAUUCCAGGCUGUUAAUCAGCACUUCCUUUUGCUUCGCAGCUGUAGUCUCUGUGAGGGACAGGUAGUUUUUAAGGAGGGACUUCCAGGAUGUCCAUUCAACCUGAUCCGGGUUAAACCGGAUCAAGUUCUGGGCUUUUUCUUUUGCGGCAGUCAUUGGGGAAGACACUGGGGAAGUAUCAGAAGUCGACGUGGAUGUAUCGACCGAUCCGGGCAUACACUCGCUUGAGUAAUACCGCCUUCACGCCAAUGUCGUAUAUGUAAUACGCUUUAAUAUGAAUAAUAGAGUAAUAGCACAAAGUCUCAGAUUCUCGUACCCAGCUGGUAAUCGUACUAAAUCAUCAGUAUUAACGCACACCACAACUCAUGACCUUUUGCACUUAGCAACAUCAUACACUACACCAAAGGAGUUGCUACGGCAGUUAGCCGGCACUCCUCCGUAAGCGAUUCAGUGUUAUAAAUUGGCAAGAGAAACUACGGUAAUCAAGCCGGAUCUCUUGAAUACGAAAGGGGGCCACAAGCGGCGAAAAAGAGAAAGACAACAGGUGGAAAUUUUGAUGGGGUAAACUUGAUGCGGCAGUCAGCCGGCCUCAUUAGAGUUGCUACGGCAAACUAUGCCGGCAAUCUCUCUAAGCGAAUCAGUGUUAUAAGUCAACGAGAGAAAUAGCGGUAAUCAAGCCGGAUCUCUCGUACCGAAGUUGGGCCACAAGCGGCGAACAAGAGUCAAAGAUUUAAUGUGGAAGCAUCGUGGGGUAAAUUUAAUGCGGUAGUUAGCCGGCCCCAUCGGAGAUGUUACGGUAAACUCUGCCGGCACUCUGGCCGCUCGAGGCAUAUUGGAGUUGGAUGUGCGACGGAAAGGUCAACUUAAAAGUUUUACCAGGGAGGCAAGCGAAGAAAUGCUUGAGAGUCGGCAAAAAUCGGCUAAGUUCCUCCAUGACCUUUAAUCGAAGUUUGAAGUGAAGUUGGAUGACCUUUGGGAUUAUUACCGCCCAACAGAGUCAUCGUAUUGGAAUUUAAGCCGUAUGACCUUUUGGGACCAUUAACCCAAACCGAGUCGCACAUCACAACGGAUCAUCUCAACAAAGGUUGACCUUUACCAGGGAGGAAGCGAACUACGCUUGUCUAUACGACGUCCCUCCAUGACCUUUAAUGGAUCUCAUUUGAAAGUCGUACAAUUGAUACGCACCGUAUUCCAAAGAUUGAAGCAGUAUUCCUAAGUCGUACUUGAUACGCACCCGAUUCUCAAGCUGAUUGUGAUGAAAGUCGCAUUACACAUGCGCGGGAUUGCUCAACAGAGCGGAAUGGGCCAAAGUGCGGAAAACGGUGGACAGGACCUGUGACCUUUACGAGUCAGAAAUGGAGGAUCCUAGUCUACAUUUGAUUAAUACUUUUGUUGAUCUUAUAACUGUUGAUCUGUUUUUGUAUUAAAAUUGAUAUGGAAUAGUAUUUUGAUACAGAUCUCUUUAUUUUCACAUAGUGCAUUUGGAAUUGAUGUGAUAAAUGGAAUAAGAGAAUUUGAUGUUUUUGAGCACGCACAGACACCGGCAACCGUCUUUUCGUGGAUUCGGGAGUGUGUCCAGCCUCAACGGAGCUCGGCAUCCCCCCAGAGGCAUGUGAGACGAGGCUCACUAGCGUUCACGCCCGUGGCGCUAGGCGCUACGCCUUCGGAUUACGGUCUGUGACGUGUCUCGCUCUGAUUGGCUAGCUUGAGUUGUGUUAGUGGGCGCGGCUUAGCACGUGCUGCACAGUGUUACACACUGUUGAAUUGGUUCUACGAUUUACGAUCGAGCUGUGCCGAUCACUUGUUGAUUUCUGGUCUCCAGACUUUCAAUAUUAUAAAAAGUCAGCGAUUACGGUGCGACGUUUUGUGUUUCCGCAUAGCUCGCGAUCCAGGUCGUAUCGCUCACUCCACAGGAUAGAUCCCGUUUCUGUCUCUGUCUCUGGAUCCAUUCUGGAUCUAGCAUUAGAAGUGUUACGGAACAAGAACAACGCAAUUCCAAGCAUUUAAGUUCGUGCGACCCUGGACAGCAAAACCAACAGACUAGAACAACAGGACUGCAUAUUUCACAGCAAAGAUGAAUUGUAUCGAACCUGACGCUAACAGCACGGUGACGGGAUUGAUCUGGAACCUUCCUGCCAUGGCGCGGAUCAGCAUCGGCAUAUUGCAGAUCUUCCUAAAUUCCGCCAUGCUCGUGGCUAUCGUAAUAUACAAAGAACUACGGACCUCCUUUGCUGUCUACCUCGCAUUCCUGUUUUUCCUCAACGUAAUAUACGCCGCCAGCGCCUAUCCUUUGGAGAUCAUUCGCCAAGGUUACUGGGGCCGCUACUGGCUGCCCUCCAGCGUGUGCACCGUGCACAUGUAUCUCUUCUGGGUCAUGUCCGCCGUACCUGUGCAUAUUCACGUUCUGAUCACGUUAAACCGAAUCUGGGCGAUGACCUUUCCCGUUUCCUACAAGAAUGUCCAUGGCGAAAAAGUGGCGCUGCUGCUGUGCUGCAUAAUGACCGUGUACGUGCAUGCUCUGUGCCUGCCGGUGGUUAUUCUGGACGCCAUGUACUAUCGUCUUCCGGAAAAAGAGAACGGAUGCUUUCUCAAUACGGAAUCCCAAAUGGUAGCCACAACAAUAAUCUCCAUCAUAAGCUGCGAUGUGCCGAUUGUUGUCGUCGUUGGUGCCUAUCCGUUUCUAUACUACAAGCAAGCGCGGCGAGGAAAGAAACUAACUGCAAGCGCUUCUCGCACUGGCGCAUCAACAAAUGUGACAAACAAAGUAGGACAGUCGCCGCGCAGCACCCGCAGCAGCUCAUUAUCGCAUCCGUUCCUCGUCUUGACGUUGCUAACGGUAAGCGUCCUCAUCCUGUGGACUCCCAAUCAGGUUACGUGGACGAUCGGAUGCGUGACAGCUGUCGGGGAUAUGCCCGGUCUCUGGCACACGUUCAGUAUUUUUUACCUCCUCCAAGCUGUCUUUGAUCCUAUUUUAUUUGCUUUUUCACUCAAUCGUUUCCGGAACCUCCUGGCUAACUUGAUCUGUUGCAAGUAACAAGCAUGAUGCAAAUUUCAGGAAAAUGGUUUCUUAUAUAAACAAGCCUUGCGAUCGACAAACAUGUUACACCUAUCGUGUCGGCUCAACGUGAUUUCGAGGAGACUGCUUAAUUAGAUUCUGCCGUGUUACG